AUCCUGAAAUCUGGAGCUUGUGCAAAAAGAACCGUGAGGAGGGAGAGAGAGAUGAUGGAGGAGGAAUAAUUGCAAUCAACCACCCACCUCCGUCAUAUUCCAGAGAAACCCCUCUCUCUCUCCCUCUCUCUCUCCCUCUCUCUCUCUCUCUCUCUCUCUCUCUCUCUCUCUCUCUCUCUCUCUCUCGAUCUAGUCACACACACACACACACACACACAUACUCUCACACUUGCACACUUGCACACACACGGGAUAUGUAUUGGGUGAAGACUGUGUCUCUGACCAGCAAUCUGAAUGGAUCUUGCUACUCUUAGCCGGACAGCUGUGUAAGGGAACCCGGAGCAGCAGGGAGCAGGAGGGAUCCGCAGCUGGAGAUUGGAGCCUAUACAAGUUUGAGAGUGUCGCCUCCCAUCCUGUGAUAAGAAAUGGCUAUUGGAAACAACACACAACGAAGCUAUUCCAUCAUCCCCUGUUUCAUAUUUGUGGAGCUCGUCAUCAUGGCUGGGACCGUUCUACUCGCCUACUACUUCGAGUGUACUGACACUUUCCAGGUGCAUAUCCAAGGAUUCUUCUGUCAGGACGGAGACCUGAUGAAGCCUUACCCUGGGACAGAGGAAGAAAGCUUCAUCUCGCCCCUCGUGCUAUACUGCGUGUUGGCGGCAACCCCCACAGCUAUUAUUUUUAUUGGCGAGCUGUCCAUGUAUUUCAUAAAGUCUACCAGAGAAACCUUGAUUGCCCAGGAGAAAAUGAUUUUGACUGGAGAGUGCUGUUAUCUGAGCCCACUGCUCCGAAGGAUCAUUCGGUUUAUAGGGGUGUUUGCCUUUGGACUUUUUGCUACUGACAUAUUUGUAAAUGCUGGCCAAGUGGUCACCGGGAACCUGGCACCUUACUUCCUCACUGUGUGCAAGCCCAACUACACCAGCACAUCUUGCCGAACUCACCAGCAGUUCAUCAACAACGGGAACAUCUGCACCGGUGACCUGGAAGUGAUUGAAAAGGCCAGGAGAUCCUUUCCCAAACAUGCUGCUUUGAGCAUCUACUCAGCCCUGUAUGUGACGAUGUAUAUCACAAGUACCAUCAAAACCAAAAGCAGUCGGCUGGCGAAGCCUGUCUUGUGCCUGGGGACCCUCUGCACAGCGUUCCUCACCGGCCUGAACCGAGUCUCUGAGUACCGGAACCAUUGUUCAGACGUGAUUGCGGGCUUCAUCCUGGGCACGGCGGUGGCCCUGUUCCUGGGAAUGUGUGUUGUACAUAACUUCAAAGGAACACGUGGCUCUCCUUCUAAACCCAAACCAGAGGAUCCCAGAGAAAUGCCCCUAAUGGCCUUCCCCAGAGUAGAAAGUCCUCUGGAGACGCUGAGUGCACAGAAUCACUCAGCCUCCAUGACUGAAGUUACUUGAGAUGGACAACGGUGCCAGAAGCUGGUUUUUUUUUAAUUACCCUCCAGUUCAAAACUCCAAGAAACACAGUUACUAAAUUUCGGACUGUGAAGACAAGUAUUAUGUUAUGUCUAGUUAGAGGCUGAUGUUUUGUACAUUUUUUUGUAUGAGGAAGUGAUGUAGCUAACCCUGAUUCUUUUUUGUCAGCUUUAACAUAUUUAUGCCAGAAUUUAAAGACCAACUUUUUUUUCCCCCUUGUUCAAGUGUGCACUGAGGAACCACAACUAUUGAAUUGUUGAUGUUGUUUUGUGAUAUUUGUACACAGGCCUUCUUUUCUCAGUUUUAUAGACACCGAAAUAAAUUUCCCCUAACAGCUCAUUCUUACCUUCAGUUACCGCAGUGGCUGCUGCUUACAGACUAGUUAAAUCUCCGUGAGAAGCCGAUCGCGUUUUCUGAGUUUGCAGGGAGGCCCGUGUUAGUUAAUGGGAAACCAGAAAUCACACACACACACACACACACACACACACACACACACACACACACAAAGGACGUUCCAUCUGAGGAUGCACCCCAUACUGACCCUCUAAUGUACCUGUCCUGCCAGUCUGCCUGCCUGCCUGACUGCGAUGUUCUACAGUGAAAAUACCACAUCUGUCAUUCUCAGUGGACUCCCUGGGCUAUCCCAAGCCUUUUGCUGAGGAUCCUGGAUUCUCCAUCACUCUGUUAGAGGAUUCUUUCUCAGGCAACUCAGAAACUGGGAAAAGUUUUCCACGGAAGCAUCCUCGGGGAGGGCCCCACCUGUAACACCCUACCUUGUCUCCUGAAUAACCAGCACCAAGCCUCCUCUUCAAUGCCAGUUUUGUAAAUCAUAUUCUAUGGACUUUAUAUGAAAAAUGAAUAUUUUACAGUUUGCACAGUAUUAUUUUAAAGGGAAGAAAUUAGAUCAUUGACAACAAAUGGAACCUGAGCAACAGCUUCACUUUGUGGCUUUUAAUUGUUCUAGGAUUUUUCACUCCAUCCCAUUUUUCUAGCAUGGUGAUAACUAAAGUGUCUCCUUUAAGAGAAGGAGCCACUCAUCUGUACCUCUUGGAAUGUUUACCUGACACCUCCAUCUUGGCUCUUAGCUUUUUUUGUACAUAUUUUUUUUCUAAAGAGAUGAAAAAAAAUUAUCCAAAAAAAUAUACUCUGGCUCAUGUGGUUUUUUUUCCUCCUCUUU